AAUCCUCUCUCUGUACCUAAUCCCGACUCCCUGCUUGGCUGCUCCAUCACUUGUGAUCUCUCGAAUCGUUAGCCCUUGCGGAUACAGCGGAAAGCUUUGCCCUUUCUCACGCGUUCGUUGUGUUGCGGGGCAUGUUUCUUGUAUUCCGAGUCCUCGGAUUGGCCUGUGACAUGUUUUAGUCUGCUGUGGUUUCUUGGGUUAUUGCCGUGCCGGAAGAACACAAUUUUUAGAUUAGGGACUAGGGAUAGGGGUGGAUUGCUGCUGCCUCUGUGAAAAUCUUGGCAAUUUUGCUACUUAUGUGUUUGCGGGCUCAAAAAGAAAAGCUAAGCUUGGUGUCUGGGGACUGAUCAACCAUGUUCAAGAAACCUGUUGAUGUGAAAGCUCUGCAGCGUUUGUCUGGGGCUGACAAAAAGAAGCUAAGAAGAACUGCCAAGGAAAGGUUUCCACAAGCUUCUGAUGCUGAUCUUGAUGCCAUCCUUCCUCCCAAGGUCGAGAUAACAGUUGCAAAGUACCCAAAUCGGGCUCUUGUAUAUGGCAUAGAGGGGGAGUUCCCAAUGAUUUUCGACAUUGAUGGAAGAGGCCACGAACUGUUUCCAACAGUUUACGCACUCUGGAAGGUCCCUCAUCUGUUGCCAGCGUUUACACUUAAGGGCGGUGAGGUUUCACGUUACGUGCUUGGUGGUGCUGAUCUGAUGUUUCCUGGUGUCAGCAUACACCCAGAAGGGUUUCCUUCUUUUGAAGCUGGCCAACCAUGGUCAGUAAAAGUUCCUGGCAACCCUGCUCCAAUUGCUGUUGGGACCACAACUAUGAGUAGUACUGAAGCCUUAAAGGCAGGGCUACGUGGCAAGGCUUUAAGGAUUGCACAUUACUACAGGGAUAUGUUAUGGGAUUCAGCUGAUGGUCGUUAUGUUCCCAAUGAAGGAUUUUUUGAAGACAUUGUUGUUGAAGAUCCUAAUUUUGUUUCGACGUCUCAAUCCGCUGAUUCUUCUGAAGAACCUGCAGAAGGCACACAUGAUGUUAGCGUUUCCACUGAAGAUGUAGCAGUUGAUAUUUCAGACAGUCAUGCUGCUGAUCAUGGCGUCCAUAGUGAAGCUGUGGAAGAGAUAACUGAUGGUGUAAACCUACUAAAACUGCCUGAAGGGAAAGCCUCUGAACAACCACCUGAGGAAAAGGAACAUCAGAAUUUGGCAACUGAAGAAAUUGAUUCUCUUUUGGAUAAAUGCCUUCUGCAAGCAUUGUACACGAGCAUAAAAGAAAAAGAUCUUCCCAUGCUAGGAAGUACAUUAUGGUCAAAUCACAUACUCCCUUGCAGGCCACCAGGUGUUACUCUAGAUAUUAAAAAGUCAUCACACAAAAAAUUAUCCAAGUGGUUACAAUCAAAAUCUUCAUCUGGCCUUAUUUUAGCAAAAGAGGACAAGUAUAAGAAGGAAGUUAUGUUGACUGGUAUCAAUCGUGGGCAUCCAGACUACAUGGUCUUCAAACCAGAAAAGAGGGUACAGGAGCCUGUUGAAUGCGAUAAAGCUGUUGCCGAAAGUAGUGUCACAAAACAAUUGGAAGUGGCUGAGGUUUAUAAGCCAAGUUCUCAUGUCAAACCUAUAUUUGUGGCUAUUGAAGCUGACAUGGAGAAGUUUUACAGUGCAUCAGAGGCAUCUGACAUAGUCUUCAGGUAUGUCGAGAAGGAAAAUUUGGUUAAGCUGACAGACAAGGCCAAAGUGAUUCUGGAUUCCACAUUAUGUGAUGCAUUGUACAAAGGGGCUAUUAAAAAGGGUUCAGCAUACCCAACUGAGAUCCACAAGAAGGACAUGGGGUCAACAUUCUUAAACCGAAUGCAAGUUCACCAUAGAGUAUCAAGAGGAAAUGAGGUGGUCGUUCGCAAGGGUGCCAUACGAACUCUUCAAAUCAUGACAGAAAGAAGGCAAGGAAACAAGAAGAUGACUCGACUUUCUGGAGUUGAAAGCUUUUUAAUGGAUGCCCAUUCGUUAGCUUCUGAACUGCAGAAGAAAUUUGCUUGCAGCACCACAACAGCUGAGCUUCCAGGUAAAAAGGGGCAGUACGAGGUCUUGGUUCAAGGUGGGGUGAUCGAUGACCUUGCGAAGCACCUCGUCGAACAUUACGGUGUUCCAAAGAGAUACAUUGAAGUUCUUGACAAAACAAAGAGGUAGGGAGGGCAGAACUGUUCAGCUGAAGCAUGCACCCAGGAUUGUUUCCAGAGACUCCGUAUCGCCAGAUGUCUAGGAAUUAUUAUACGACUUAGUGUGGAACUAUUGAGUUAUAUAUUUAUUUUCAACCUUUCUCAUCCUUCGUAUUAUGUCAGAAGGAUAAAUUCUACUUUUAUGCUUAAACGAAUGUAAACAUGACGAUCGCUUGCGUGCGGAAGUUUGGAUGUGCUCCAA